AUGGACGGGAAGCUCAUCACCGAUGUCUUCAGAAGAUUUGACAAGAACCGUGAUGGCAUCAUUUCCGCAGAGGAGCUCUUGUCCGUACUGUCCAGGAUAACCUUGGAGAAACAGGACAUGUCCAAGCUCUUGAAGCACAUUGACACAAAUGGUGAUGGGCAGAUUCAGUACGAAGAGUUCGUGAACUGGAUCCUAAGGGCGGGGUCGGGAGAUGGUCAAGACCAGGAACGAUCCAACGUCCUCGAGGCCCAUGCCCAUGCGGCCCACCACAAGGUGCAGCGCGUGCGCGACAGUCAGACAGGGGCCCGGCGUGCCGAGGUUUUCGUGAACCAGCUCACGUCAGAGAAGGGCAGGGCCAGCUUAGCAGAGCUCGCAGAGAGGCCACCGAAAGGUGCUCUUGCAGUCUGCGCAGCGGCCUAUAACCUACUCUACAAGAGCUCCAAGAAGGUUGACUGGAGAACCGCGAAGUCCAUGCUGGCAGACUUGGAUCAGUUCCAGGAGAGACUCCUGGCUUUUGAGCCUGCUGCUAUCCCCGACUACGUGGUCCAGUCCUACCAGCAAACGCUGGAGCUCCCCUAUUUCGAUUUCAACCGCAUGGUGGAGACAAACUAUGCUUGUGCAUGUUUGGCAUCCUGGGUGCUUGCGAGCACUAGCAGCGUGAAAGAGUCCCGGCAGCUGGCCCCUUGGGAG